CAAAAAAUGACAUUUAAAAUUAGAAAUAUUUUACAAACAAUUUGGUCAUUUCGUAUUAAAAAAUUAAUUACUUUUCUUAUUAUUUUUGGAGUAAUAUUUUCACUGCUUCAGAUUUAUCUUUUUCUUGAUGAUGAUAAUGAUGAAGAAGAUGAUGAUGAUGAAGAUGAUGGUAAUCGAAAUAUUCCUAAAGACACAGCUGUGAUACUUUGGUGGACACCAUUUGGUACUGAAAAUAAAAUACGAAAAUGUGAAAAACACAGUUGUUAUUUUACAAAUAAUCGUGUAUAUAAAAAUCAUUCAAAUUUAAAAGGAGUAUUAUUUUAUGCAAGUAAUUUAAAAAUAUAUGAUUUACCAAUUCCAAGAGGUGUUGAUGUAAGAUGGGCAUUGCUUCAUGAAGAAUCACCAAGAAAUUGUUUAUUUUUAACAAAUUAUGAUGCUCUUAGUUUAUUUAAUUAUUCAUCAACAUUUAGUCGUUACAGUGAUGUACCACUUACUCUUAUGUACUUGACAAAUAUUAAACAUUUAACAGACACCAAGUAUUAUCGUUCAGUUGAAGAAAAAAAUAAGUUGAUUGAUCAAGGUCUAGCAUCUGUUGUUUAUAUACAAUCAAAUUGUGAUACAGUCAAUGAUAGAGAUUCUUAUAUUUCAGAAUUAAUGAAAUAUAUUAAAAUUGAUUCUUAUGGUAGUUGUUUAAAUAAUAAAAAACUUCCAGAUAAUUUAAAAUAUAAUUAUAUUGAUAAUCUUGAUAGUCAUGAAUUUAAAAUGUUUGUUGGACAGUAUAAAUUUACAUUGGCAUUUGAAAAUGCUGUUUGUCAUGAUUAUAUAUCAGAAAAACUUUGGAGACCACUUGUUGUUGGAUCUGUACCAAUUUAUUAUGGUUCACCAUCUUUCAAAGAUUGGCUACCAAAUAAUCAUUCAGCAAUAUCUGUUAAUGAUUUUUCUGGACCAAAACAACUUGCUGAAUUUAUUAAUUAUUUAUCAAUAAAUGAUGAUCAAUAUAAAGAAUAUUUAAGUCAUAAAUUAUUAAAAAAUAGUAUUAAAAAUUCCAAGAUUAUAAAUAAAUUUAUUAAAAAAUCAGAAAUUAUAUUUUAUGAUUAUGUUAAAUUAUUUGAAUGUUCAGUAUGUGAAAAAUUAUAUGACAAUAAAUAUCAAACAUUAAAUAUUGAUCAUUAUAAUUGUCCAAAGCCAAAAAGUAUUUUCAAUAAUAAUACAGUAUUGAAAAAUUGGUGGAUUGAUUCAUGGAAUUAUGAAAAAUGUUUAGCUAAAUUAAUGCAUAAAUAUGUAUUAAAUAAUUCAAGUAUUAAUUAUGAUAAAUUUAAUAAUGACAAACAAAAAUGCUGACAGUUAUAUCUAAUUUUUAUCAUUAUUUUUUUGUAUAAAAUUAUGUUAAUAAUAAUAAAACAUUAUUUGAU